AAUUGUGAAGAAUCAUAAAGAAAUUCUCUACAAGUUAAAUCGUAUAAAAUGGGUUGCAAAUUCGUAUUUGGUAUCAUUCACUUCGUGAAAUCAUCUCGAUAAAGAACUACCACAUCUCCAAAUAUGGCAUUCAAGUUUGUAUUCGCACUCGCUUUCGUUGCCGUGGCUAGCGCUGGCUACGUACCAGUUGCCCCAGUAUACCACUCCGCACCAGCCGUCGCUGUGCACGCAGUACCUGUGGCCGUAGCCCAAAAGGUCGUUGUGAAAUCAGAGGAAUACGAUUCUCAUCCUCAAUACAAUUUCUCUUAUGGCGUUGAUGAUAAAGUGACCGGUGACUCCAAGAGCCAAGUGGAGGAACGUGAUGGAGAUGUGGUCCGUGGUGAAUACUCCCUGAUCGAUGCUGAUGGUUACAAACGCACUGUUCAAUACACUUCCGAUGAUGUCAAUGGUUUCAACGCCGUCGUCAACCGUGAACCUCUUGUGAAAUCUGUUGCUGUGGCUCCAGUUGCUCACUAUGCUGCCCCAGCUGUUGUCAAGACUGUUGCUCCUGUCGCCCACUACACCGCUCCCGUUGCCCACUACUCGGCUCCAGUCGCUCACUAUUCCGCUCCUGCUGUGGUCAAAACUGUAGCUCCCGUAGCUCAUUAUGCUGCCCCAGUAGCCCACUAUGCCGCUCCAGCUGCCCAUUACGCAUCAUAUGCUGCUCCUGCGGUCGUCAACUAUCAUCAUUUUCUUAUUGCAUUUGCACUUGUGGCUACCGUUAGUGCCGGGCUCUUGGUACCACAACCACAAUAUCACUACAGCAAACAAGUGGAGGAAUACGAUGCUCAUCCUCGAUACCAAUUCUCGUAUGGUGUUGACGACAAAGUGACCGGUGAUUCCAAGAGUCAAUAUGAGGAACGCGAUGGCGAUGUAGUUCAUGGACACUACUCCUUGAUCGAUGCGGAUGGCUUCAAACGCACUGUCCACUACACCUCUGAUCCUCAUAACGGUUUCAAUGCCGUCGUAAACCGCGAACCUUUGGUGAAGUACUUCGCUGUUGCACUUCUCAUCGGUGCUGCCCAAGCCGGCAUUAUCUCUGUACAGGAACAACAUGCUAUCCCCUUGGAACAUCAUCAACACCAUGAGGCCGCCGCUUUGUAUCAUGCACCCGCACAAGUAGCUCAUGUGGCUCACGCCCCCGUUCCACAGACAGUGCAUUUGUUGCAGAAGCAACAUGUUGCCCACGAACAGUAUCCCAGUGAUCCUCAUCCUCAGUACAAUUUCGCUUAUGAUGUACAGGAUGCCGUCUCCGGUGAUUCUAAGCGCCAGUCGGAGAGUCGCGACGGCGAUGUAGUCCAUGGUGAAUAUUCAUUGAACGAUGCUGAUGGUUUCCGUCGCACUGUCAAAUACACUGCUGACUCUGUCAAUGGUUUCAACGCUGUGGUCGAACGUGAACCCCUCACCCACAAAGUUGUGGCUGCUGCUCCAGUGCAGUAUCAUCAUGCUCCUGUUGCUGUUGCUCCAGUGCAAUAUCAUCAUGCUCCCGUCCAUGCUCAUCAAGAAAUGUUAGGACCUGGACAGGUUAUCCAGUUUGUGAUCGCUCUCGCUCUCUUCGCCGUUGUGCACGCCGGUGUUGUUGUGCCCGCUGCCGCUCCCGUUGCUGUUGCGCCCGCCGCCGUUGCUGUCGAGGAAUACGACCCACACCCACAAUACAAAUACGGUUACGAUGUGCAAGACACACUGUCUGGCGAUUCCAAAGGUCAUGUGGAGGAACGUGAUGGUGAUGUUGUGCGCGGUGAAUACUCGCUAAUCGAUGCCGAUGGUUUCAGACGUGUUGUCACCUACACUGCCGAUCCCAUCAACGGUUUCAACGCUGUCGUGCGUCGUGAACCCUUGGUUGCGCCCGUCGUUGCUGCUGCUCCCAUCGUAAAGGCUGCUCCAGUCGUAGCUGCCCCUGUUGCCGCUGCCCCUGUGAGAAAAGUGCGAAAAAUAGAAAUUACAGUCCGUCAUUGGUAUAUAAAUCGCACAAAUUUGAAUAAUAAAUCAUUCAGCAUCUUAACACCUAACACGAGACAGCAAUUGUGUAGCGCCAAACCAAGCUUUAGCAAAAUGGCAUUCAAGUUCGUAGCAAUCCUCGCACUCGCCGCAGUGGUCAGCGCUGGCGUACUCCCCGUACAUGAGGUGUACCAACACGCACCAGUGGCCACCGCUGUGGUGAAGGCACCUGUGGCUUAUGCCGCACCAGCUCCAGCUUAUGCGCAUAUUGCUCACGCUCCAGUUGCUGUGCACGCACAUGCUCAACCGGUUCUUGCCAAGCACGAUGACGAAUACGAUCCACAUCCACAAUACAAAUACGGCUAUGAUGUGCAGGACGCACUCUCUGGCGAUUCCAAGAGUCAAACCGAGGAACGCGAUGGUGAUGUCGUCCGCGGCGAAUACUCAUUGGUCGAUGCUGAUGGUUUCAAGCGCGUCGUCCAAUAUACCGCCGAUCCCGUUAACGGUUUCAACGCCGUUGUCAACCGUGUGCCUUUGGAACAUGUGAAGACUGUGGUGAAAGCUGCACCUGUAGCCUAUGCCGCGCCUGCUCACGGUUACGUUAAGGAGUUCGCCGCCCCAAUUGCUUAUCAUCAUUAAAUUUGUACUAAAUAACGGUGUUUAAAACUGUUGAGUGUGAUUAUUGUUAUCGUUUGAAAGAAUUGUUAAAUAGUUUUAGUGUAAAUAAACCUCAAUUGAGCUUUUCGAGCUUCAUUUUAUAAAUAUA